AUGGCGGCCGUCAACGUGUUCAGCACUAGUGUUACUUCAGAAAACCUCAGCCGUCAUGAUAUGUUAGAAUGGAUCAACAAUAGUUUACAGCUUAAAUACACUAAAAUUGAGCAGCUCUGUUCUGGUUAGUGUUCUCGUGUACAUUUAGGCGAUUCAUUGUACAAUACUCCUCUAACGUUCGAUCGAUUUGAGUAGUCUGAUAUUUUGCAAUCAUUGCUGCAUCGUUUUUGACACAUGAAACAGAAAGAGUCUGUUUUCGUUUAACAGGUGCUGCUUAUUGCCAGUUCAUGGAUAUGCUGUUUAUGGGUAAGUGUUCUCUUGAAAAAAUAAGCUUCAGCUUAGGCUUAAAUUAUUUAGGGUACGAUCGUGAUAUACCAAUUUCAUUUCUCCAUCUCAUUUUCUAAAUGCUAAAAAAACACAAGCUUACAGAAGCAAUUUGCUGAAUUUUUUCCUUUCAACUUUGGGAUAAAUUUACAGGCUCAAAAGUCCAAACUUCGCGAAUCUAAAUUUAAAAAGUCACAAGUUGCGCAAGGGAAUGGAGUAUACUAGUUAGUACAAAGCAAAAAAAAUCUUUGACAAACAUGAUUAUCCACAAUAACAAAUCAGUUAAAUUCUUGAGCUUCCCUAUUAUUAUAGACGUGACUUUUCCCCUUUUUUUUGAAAGAUUGUGUUAAUAUGGGCAAAGUCAAGUUUGCUUCUAAUCAAGAGCAUGAGUACAUACAAAACUGGAAGAUCUUACAGAAAGCAUUUAAGGCUGCUGGAGUGGAUAAGGUAAGGAUCCAUGUUCUACAUUUUUCACUUUUAAAGAAUAAUCAUUGAUGCACCCGUCAGAUGCUUCAAAAUUUUUUUUUGAGCUUCUUUGGGUUUUUGUCCAAGUAAUAGAUUGCAAAAACAGCAAAUUCACACUAAAAAAAAUGCCUAGUAGUUGCAUUUGAGAAAGUAAAUGUGAGUGAAAUGCCAGCUUGGUGCAUUGUUUACAUUAUUCAGCCUACCUCAACUUGCUGCUGCCACCAAAUACGCAGACUCACUGUCGAAAUAAACUUAAAUGUCUCAUUUCAGUUUCAAGGUGGCUGCCAUUAAAAUGCAUGCAUGUCAGCAGCGACAAAAAAUUAUUAAUCAGCUUUCAAAUGAGACGUGACUUCCAAGACCCGUAAUCCCUCCUGAAAGACCUUCCACUAGGAAAUUUGGGAUGUCUCAUGACUUUUUCCCAUGUUAGGUUCGUCUGGGGAUAUUAGACCAAAUGAAUUUUUAAACCAGUUCAAGGAGGGGUCACAUAAAGUUACUAUCUGCUAAAGCCUGUGAAAGGGUUAAAAGUGGUCCACCCCUCCCUGGUGCUCUAAAUCAUGGCCACUCCCUAACAAGAAAUAACUUCUUCACUGGAUUUGUACAGUCAUAGGCUACCAAACGUUAGCUGGAGAAUUCUGUGUAGUAAACGGAGAAUUCUCCCAUCUACGGUACAUAAUGAAAACCCUGCAUUAUAAAAGCUCAGUUGUGACAUGAGCGACGAUAAUAAAUAAAUGAGUAAUGUUUCCUCCACAGUGAGUUAAAAUUGGACAGCAUAUACGCUUAAUUUUGGCUUUCCCUUUCCUUUUUACUGUUUUAGAUGGUUCCAGUUGAAAAGUUAGUCAAAGGGAAAUUUCAGGAUAACUUUGAAUUUGUGCAGUGGUUCAAAAAGUUCUUUGAUGCCAACUAUCAAGGUCCUGAUCCUGACUAUGAUCCUGUAAAAGCACGGCAUGGGAAAACUGAUACCCCCAUGAAUGUGGCACCAAGAAAAGGAUCUGGACAGCUCAGCAGACCAGCCAUGGGUAAGCUUUAACACUGGGACAGUUGGUGUCAGAUCAUCAUCAUCAUCAUCAUCAUUAUUGGAUGAAGCAAUUAGUUGUAUAUAAGGCAGCUUGUCAGCUGAUGUGGACCUUCUACCGCAAUACAUCCGUGGGGAAAGACUUGCAAGCACCAGCAGUUUUCAAAGAAUUUUAGUGUGUCCUUGCAGUGAAUGGUGCAGUGUUUUUAAUAAGUACUUAUGGCAGGAGAAGAGUAUGAGCUUUUCCUUUCAGAGAAGUUGGCUACUUUUUUACCCUUUCAUGAAGUUAUCAAAGAAAGAUUCUUUCCAACCUUGUUUAUACAGUGGGAUACUCUACUCUAUAUCUACUUCAAAUUUUAUUAAAACCCCUGAUUACAGUAAUAUUAAUAAAUCAUGGAGGUUCUUUCCAAGCUAUAGAAAGUGCAACACUUUACUUUCUUUGCUCUUUUUCUAUACAGGACAAAAUCCUACUCCGUCAAGAGUGGCUACAUCCACAAGACCUGCUGCAGGUGGGGCCGGAAGGAUUGGUGGUGGAGCACAAAGGUCCCAAGGGAUAAGUCGACCAGGGCAGCAACCAGCACGCUCCACUGGAGGGACCGCAGGAGCGUCAGCUGCACUGAUGCAAAAGGAUGCUCAAAUACAAGAAUUAAACGAUAAGGUUUGUUGAGUUGCUUUUUAAUAAAGUAACUUGAGUCUUCACUUGUUGAUCAUGCAACCCCACUGUGGUUGUUGCCAUUUUUGACACCCUAUAAAAACAUGUUUUUUAUGUCUCAUGUCCAUGCUUAGAUGUAACUAGUGGUAUCGCAACAAGAGUGACUUAAGAGCUAAUUCCACCGAUUUGCUUUUUCUUUUUCUGCAGCUGACAGAACUGCAGUUGACAGUGGAUGGAUUAGAAAGAGAGAGAGAUUUCUACUUUGGUAAAUUACGGGAUAUUGAAGUGCAGUGCCAAGAUGAAGGAUGUGCAGACUUGCCCGUCGUUAAAAAGAUUAUGGACGCUCUUUAUGCUACUGAGGUGGGUCAACUGAAGCAGUCUUAAAAUAAAGCCCUUGCUGACUUCCCUGUAAACUGCAAAGUUUCUUCUUUUGACUCGUUUGAUAUUAAUAAUUAUAUAAUAAUAUUAUAUCCUUGGAACUCCAUUAUGGGUCUAAUAUGAGGUAGGCAGUGGCUGGUUUUCAUUUAAUGCAGUUGGAAGUGGAGGUAUCUGACAUUAGGUGGCAAUAUCCACUGAUUAUUAUGUGUUGUUUUUUGAGCCCCAAAAAAUUUUUUUGAAGUGGAGGUAUCUGACAUUAGGUGGCGAUAUCCACCGAUUAUUACGUAUUGUUUUUUGAGCCAAAAAAAAUGGCACUUAUGAAACCCAAAUAUGUUCACUGAUUUGAAUGCGUUUAGCUCAUAGGUACUAGAAUAAAUAAAUACCAGUAAAUGAAACAGAUGUCUCUUCAGGCAGAAGGAGGGUUUAGAGAUUUUUUAGUCAUGGUUCCACUCCUUGUCUUUUUAUCCACCUCUCCUUGUGUUAUUUACAUAUUUUACUGAAAUGGUGCUCUUAGCAUAUAAUAUUUUUUAAGUAAAAAAAUGUCAAAGCAGCAUUUUAUAGUUACUGAAGGAUGGUUAUGCUGCCAUUUCUUGUUGCUUUUUCAUAGAAGACUGCAAUAAAUAUUGUUUUUAAAACACUUAAACAUGCCAGCUAUAAUCGUUCCUUUCAAAUAUUUCUCGGUUUCUAUUUUUCUGGCUUAUUGUUCAUAGUAUUUCAUACCGAAUUGGACGGCCAUGAAGUUCUGUUACCAAUUUGUCCCAACUGUAACAAAAUUUGCGGUAUUUUAAGCUUUGUUAAAAAUUACAACACAACAUAUUCUGAGAGCUUUUUUGCUAGAAGUGAAAAAAGAAAACCCAUUCAAGUGUACACUAGUGAUGGUGUGUACUGGCCAGUUAAUUAGGCAUGACAUGUACUGUCCUAUUUCUGCCCUAUUAAUGCAGAAAUCAGGGAAGCUCAUAGCCAAUCAGAUUUGAGAAUUUUGUAUAGUUAUGAUUAAAAGAGAAAUAGGAUCUUGAUCACCAUAAGGCUGUGUUUUUUACCCUAGGAGGGAUUUGCUGCACCAGAGGAAGUUGGUAAUAAUGGGGAAUAUGAACAAGACUAUGGUGAUGAACAGGAUGAAUAUUAAAAAGAAGUCAAAGAUUUGUUUGGCUACCUAUGCUUGUAUCAAGAAUGAAGGCCUUCUCCAAGCAAUGCACCUGACAGCUUGAACUAACUGGUUUUUAAAUAAGAGUACAAUAUUAUUAAAAAAAUUUUGCGAAACAUGUAGAAAGCAAUCUUGGUUUGUCAUUUGUGCUGAUCUCUGCCAUUAGUUUCUUUAUAUAUUUUUGUAUUAUAAAAAGGAGGUUUCACAGAAACGCUGAAAGGAAGAUUGUUUUCAAUAAUGUUGUCUUAAAGCUGUGUUUAGGUGGUAGUGGUAGGUCAUACUGGAAAGUUUUGCUUUGUCAGUCAGACAUUUUGUAAUUUCCCUACCUGUCGUUAUCUUUGAGCACCUUAAGAAAGUUACAGUUAAGCUUGUGCCAAGUUUAAACCAAAAAGAACUGAAGCCUAUUUUUAGCUUGAGGUUAUUUUGUAGGAAUAAUGAUGCAAGUCUAGGCUUGAGAGGCUGUAGCCAUGCAAAAAA